AUGAAUAUCGACUGGAAACUCAACCCACCUAUGGCAUCGCACAUGGGCGGCGUAUGGGAGCGCCAGAUCCGUACCAUUCGGAAAGUUCUAUCUGCGCUAUUCUACAACCACAGGAAUCGCCUUGAUGACGAAUCAUUCCGCACGCUUCUCUGCGAGGUAGAAUAUAUUGUGAACUCAAGACCGAUCACGACCUGUUCUGAUGAUCCUGACGACAUGGAACCGCUAAGUCCGAGUCAGAUCCUCCACAUGAAGUCACCCAAGAGAUGGAAAAGGGAGUACAUAGUCAGCCUGCAGCAACGCCCCAAAUGGAACAAACAACAACGAAAUACACGGGAAGGUGACAUCGUGCUCCUGAAGGACGAGAACACGCCAAGACUUCACUGGCCACUAGCACGUGUAACAGAGGUACUGCCAGACUCCAGAGGUGUUGUGAGAAGCGUCAAACUUCGAACCCAAUCUUCUGAACUGCACAGACCAGUGACCAAGCUCGUACUCUUAAUUCCAAAAGAAGAUCAAGUGUUAUAG